GUACAUCACAGGCUAGUUAGUUAGACUAGGAGUUUUCUGAACAAAGUGAGUGUUGAAUAUUGAUUCAUGGUUUUAUUUAAUUAUGCACGGAUUGCAUAUUGAAUGGUUCUGAAAGGAAACUUGAAAAUGGUUCAUCUCUAGCUUCAUUGUUUUUUUUCUGAUGCUUACUAAAACUUACAAUAACUAUACACAUCUUGGCAUAAUAUCUCCUCAAGAAAAUGAAAUUUUACGAAAAAGUUCUUAUAGGAUCGGUUGGAACCGCCAGCGCUGGUGUAGUUGCAUGGAAGACAAUGUUCCCAUGGAUUGGCCAUGACCUUAAACUGUUAAAAGCUGGCGGUAAAGUAAUGAAACAAAGAGAAUCAGCUAUGUCAUCACUUCUAAUUGAUAAGUUUGAGAAGCUUGUAGUGGACACACCAAAAAAGCCUUUUAUUAUCUAUGAGGAUAACAUCUACACCUAUGAAUUUGUUGACCAAAUGGCUUGUAAAAUUGCCAACAUAGCUAAGUCAUGGGGACUAAAACCACGUGAUUGUGUAGCUAUUAUGAUUCAGAAUGAACCAUCUUUCAUUUGGACUUUUUUGGGAUUGCAAAAGCUGGGAAUUACUGUGGCUAAAAUCAACUUCAACCUCAGAAUGCACCCACUUAUUCACAGCAUUUUAGCAGCAGAUCCAAAAUAUCUAAUUGUUGGCCCAGGAGAUGGCAUGCUAGAGGCAGUGAUAGAUGUAGUAGACAGCCUGGGCGAAUUGCAAGUGUAUGUACAAGGUCUGGACACAUUACCCGCCCCUCAUGGCCUCCACUCCCUGGAUCCACUGUUAGCCAAAACACUACCUUUGCCUAUCAGUCCACUGGUCAGACAAAGCAUUACACUAGAGGACAUCUGCUGCUAUAUCUACACAUCUGGCACUACAGGGAACCCAAAGCCAGCAAUAAUCAACCAUGGUAAAUCAAUAGGCAUUGGAUGUUGCUUAUUGUUUGUAGACCUCUCUGCUGAUGAUAAUUUAUAUGUAGUACUUCCACUCUACCACAGUUCAGGAGGAGGCAUAGCAUUAUAUGGAGCUAUUUUGACAGGAGCCACCAUAAUAUUGAGAAGAAAAUUUUCUGCCAGUAAUUUUUGGUCAGAUGUUUGUCGGUACAAUGUCACAGUGUUCCAGUACAUUGGAGAGUUGUUCAGAUAUUUGUUAUCUCAACCACCAAGUGACUUUGAAUCAUCCCAUAAAAUAAGGGCUGUGUUUGGUAAUGGACUUAGAAAAGACAUUUGGCUUGAUGUUCAGAAACGUUUUAAACUGCCAUUGAUCGCGGAGUUUUUUGGUGCAACAGAAGGAGUUACAAUGUUAAUUAACAUGUCCAAUGUAACAGGAGCUAUAGGCAGACUCUCACCUUUUCUGAACAAGCUAGAUCCAGCUCCCAAGGAGUUAGUGAAGUUUGAUUUUACAACAGCUAUGCCAAUACGAGAUAAAAAUGGACGCUGUAUAAAAGUUGGCAUUGGGGAACCUGGUCUGUUUAUAGCCAAAGUUCCAGAAGAAAUUAUGAAAGAAGGAUCGCUAAAUGUGUACCGCAGUUCUAACGAAGCUAAUGAAAAAAAGCUAGUUAGAGAUGCCUUCACCAAAGGGGAUUUGUGGUUCAACUAUGGGGACGUUUUCACACUAGACAAAAAUUACUUUUUAUAUUUCCAUGAUAGAAUUGGUGAUACAUUCAGGUGGAAAGGUGAGAAUGUGUCAACCACAGAGCUGGCCAAUAUGAUAACAUCUGUUUCCUUUGUAAAUGAUGCUAACGUGUAUGGUGUAACUAUUCCAGGCCAUGAUGGGAGAGCGGGUAUGGUAGCUAUUACAUUAAAGGAGGGCUUGAAGCUAGGUGAGGGAGAGCUGAAAGAACUGUACGACCAUGUUUGUCAGGAGCUUCCAACAUAUGCCAGACCAUUGUUCCUACGGGUUUUGGAUGCAGCUGUCUUGACCAACACAUUCAAGCAGAGGAAGGUGGAACUGGUCAGUGAAGGUUUUGACUUGAAUCAAGUCAAAGACCCUCUCUACUAUCUGGACAAUGAGAAACAUACAUACAGUCCAUUAACAACUGCUGAUUUGUCCAAAUUUCUCUCCUCCAAGUUGUAAGAAUUAUAGCUCUUUUAAUAUGGGUUUAUUAUUUUGACACUCAUUACACAGGAUUUUUUUUUUCAACUGCUUCUUUGACAAAUAUAUAAUGCUAAUGAAAAAGAAUUGGAGUUUAUUAUAUUUACACUUUGUACCCGUGACUGUGAAAAGUGAAUGCGCAAAUGACAUAAAAUUUUAGUGCCAUUUGAAACGGUGAGCAUCAGAAUACUGUCCCAGGAAUCAGUGCAAUAAAAAUAAGUAAUAGAACAUAGAAAUGAUAGAUGACAUUGUGAUUUUUUUUUUUAAAUGUCCAAAAACAUUUAACAAAUAUUCCAAGAAACAAAGUCUCCAAAGCAGCACAUAUUGUUUUAAUAUUUAGCAAAUAUUUAUUAAACUACUAUUGACAGACUAGUGUGGAGAUAGUUAAAAAAAAGACUGGACGUGACUUUUGAUUACUGUAGCCAGUGUUCCACCAGGUUGUGGUUUGUUUACUCCCUGCCCUUUGUUUUACUUGCUUGUAAUUUUAUUAUCUGUCUGGGAAAAAUGUCCCGUAUAAGUUUAAUGAAAUAAAAAAAUAUUGGAACUUGUAAUUGAAAAUUUGGGCUUUAAAAAUGUUGAUUGUUCCAAUGAAACAAUUCUCAGAUGUCAAAGUAAUGUUAACAUUUAUUAUAUGCAUUAAAAAAUAAAUAAUU